GGGGCGCUGCGGGCCGGGCGCCCGGUGCUCACCCGCCGGAGCCAGUUUGCGGUAGGCUCGGGCCCACGCCCUAAGGGGUUAAACCUUUCUCAUGUUACCGAGCGGCUUAUAAGGAGGGGGAGGCCAAGCCUCCGCCUUAUUGGGAGCCUUUUGGGGUUUAUUCUCUUCCCUUCUAACUUGAUUAAGAAUGACCCAAAAGACAUCACAGUUUUGUUCCAGAGCCAAUGUUUAUACUCAAGUGCCUGACGGAGGAUGGGGCUGGGUGGUGGCUGUGUCUUUUUUCUUCGUUGAAGUCUUUACAUACGGCAUCAUCAAGUCAUUUGGCGUCUUCUUCAAUGACUUAAUGGACAGUUUUAAUGAAUCUAAUAGCAGGAUUUCGUGGGUCAUAUCAAUAUGUGUAUUUGUCUUAACAUUCACAGCUCCCCUCUCUGCUGUCCUGAGCACUCGUUUUGGGCACCGUCUCGUGGUGGUGGCAGGGGGCCUGCUUGUCAGCACGGGAAUGGUGACCGCCGCCUUUUCCAGGAAGCUGUACCACAUGUACAUUUCAAUCGGCAUCAUAUCCGGUUUGGGAUUCUGCUUUAGCUUUCUACCAACUGUCACCAUUCUAUCCCAGUACUUUGACAAAAGGCGCUCCAUGGUCACUGCAAUUGCUUCCACGGGAGAAUGUUUCGCUAUGUUCGCUUUCGCUCCAGCAAUCACGGCUCUGAAGGACAACAUUGGCUGGAGAUACAGUCUCCUCUUCGUGGGCUUGCUGCAGCUGAACAUUGUCGUCUGCGGGGCGUUGCUGAGACCGAUUAUCAUCAAAGGACCGGGGUCCCCGAAAGCAACCGCACACGAACACCGGAAAGAAGUGCAAUGCAUGCUCGAAAAUGAGAAAACACGCACCUCAAUAGAUUCCAUUGACUCAGGAGUAGAAUUAACUACCUCACCAAAAAAUGUGCCUAGUCACGCCAACAUAGAACUGGGGCCGAAGGCCAACGUGCAGCUGGUGAAGGCCAGCUCCAAGCGGAGCGAUAAGAAAGCCCCUCUACUGGACUUCUCCAUCUUGAAAGACACAAGUUUUAUCUGUUAUGCGUUGUUCGGUCUUUUUGCAACCCUGGGAUUCUUCGCACCUUCCUUGUACAUCAUUCCCUUGGCCAUUAGUCUAGGCAUCGAACAGGACCGCGCUGCCUUCUUAUUGUCCACCAUGGCGAUUGCUGAAGUUUUUGGAAGGAUCGGGGCCGGCUGCAUCUUCAACAGAGAGCCCAUCCGGAAGAUCUACAUUGAGCUCAUCUGCGUCAUCUUAUUGACUGUGUCUCUGUUUGCCUUUACUUUUGCUACUGAAUUCUGGGGUCUGAUGUCAUGCAGCAUAUUUUUUGGGUUCAUGGUUGGAACGGUAGGGGGUACCCACAUUCCACUGCUUGCCGAAGACGACGUCGUGGGGAUCGAGAAGAUGUCUUCUGCGGCGGGAGCCUAUGUCUUCAUUCAGAGCAUAUCAGGACUGGCGGGACCACCUCUUGCAGGUCUGCUGGUGGACCAGAGUAAGAUUUACAGUAGAGCUUUCUACUCGUGUGCAGCUGGCACGUCUGUGGCUGCUGGGUGCCUCGCGCUUGUGAGACCUUGUAAAAAGGGACCAUGCCAGCGUCAUCCUGCAGGCGAGGCCCAGGCCGAGAAUCCUCGUGGGAAAGCUUUACAGGACAUACCCGAAGACUUUCUCGAAAUGGACCUCGGGAAAAAUGAGCAUAAAGUUCACGUGACCAUGGAGCCAGUAUGACGUGCUUUGCAGUAACGCCAGCCACCCUGUUGGC